GUCUGAGAAGUUGCUCUAGUAACAAACUUGCAAGUUGUUUACUGUCACUGUAGAACGUGGAGUCAGACAAUCUGCUUCCAGGAUGGAAACAACUUUCUUUUUUAUCUAAUAUUGUUUUGAUUUGAGUUGAUGACAACUACUUAAAGAGCUAACUUGGCUGUUGAUUCAUUCACAAUCUCCAGCAACUGUAACAGUGAAGACGUCGAUACGAAAGAUCGUGAACUCAAUCAGAAAUGUAUAAGCCGAGACCCUUCAUCCCAGAGAUAUCAUACUGCCACUGUAUGUACAGAGGUACAAAGAUAUGGGACCUCUAUUCGGCCUCCUGCCUCGUCACUCUGGUGCAAGGCGUGCUACUCAUCCUCUUGAGGAAGUGGACCCGACCUGCUGUCGAACCGCGCCAGUUCUUGCCCCAGGACCAACACCAGGCUCAUCUCAAGUGCAUCACCCCGCCACCUCAGUUAUCCUUCAGCAGUCUGAUGGACGGCGUAACAGCGCAGGCAUCAACCCUCAUAUCACGCGAACAUCCCCACGGACGCUUCCUGACCGUGUUGAUGUUCGUGUUAAAUAUGGGGUCGUUUGUGAUGUACCUCGUCCUCACCACCAGGCCUGUAGAGUACUGUGUGGAGGGAAUGGACGCCCUCCUCCUUCUCGACUUGGGCUUUGACGUCCUUUACCUUCUACACUUUUGGCUCAGGUUUCUGUCUGCCCAGGAUCUAAUGGUGUGGUGGUUGAACUACAAAACCAUAGCUGACAUAUUUACUGUUGCACCAGCAUGUUUUACAGUAGUCACCGGCCGGGCCUGGCUUGGCCUCCGGUUCCUCCGGGCCUUAUACAUCCUGGAGCUGCCAGCCAUUUUGCAGAUGCUCAACAUCCUGACCAGCAAGACAUCUCAGAGGCUGUGUCGGCUGGGAGCCAUCCUCAUGGGAACCCUGUUUUUUUACGCCGGCCUCAUUCACCUGGUGGAGAGCGCCGGGGACCCCUGGCUUGAGAACUCCAACGCCUCGAGCCGUCCCUACUUCCUGUACGUGUACUUCCUAACGGUGACCAUGUCCACAGUGGGCUACGGGGACGUCCUAGUCAUCACCGCGUCAGGACAAUUUCUAAUCACCGUGUUCAUCUUCAUCUACCUGGGGAUGUUUGCUAGCUUCAUACCACAGAUGAUGGAGAUACUAGCAAACAGGAAGCGCUUCAACGGGGCAUACUCCAGCGUCUUGGGGAAAUCGCAUGUGGUGGUAUGUGGACAUCUUUCCCUGAGCAACAUUGAGCCGUUUGUGAGGGAGUUCUUCCAUGAUGACCGGGGGGAGGUGAACACCAACCUCCUCUUCCUGGGGGACUUCUGCCCUGACGCUACGCUGGAGGAGUUCUUUGCAAGUCUCCCUGGGCAAAUCUACUUUUACCAGGGCUCGGUGCAGAACAGGCAGGACCAGGACAGAGUAAUGAUGCGCAAAGCGUCCGCCUGUGUGAUUCUCUCUGACAGGUUUGCUGUCGACCCAGAUGCAGAGGACUCGGACACACUGAUGAAUGUGAUCUCCGUUAAGACCUAUCACCCCAACACCAGGGUGAUCGUCCAGAUGUUGAAGCCUAGCAACAAGGUCAUCGUGCAGAAGAUUCCAGACUGGGACUGGAGUUGUGGCGAUGCGGCGUUGUGUCCGAUGGAGCUCAAGCUGGGGUUCAUGGCCAAGAGCUGCCUGGUCCCGGGGUUGUCUACCCUGCUGGCAAAUCUGUUCACAAUGCAGGGUGAGGUGGAGCAGAGGGGAGACUCGUGGAAGAACCUCUACAUGGAGGGCAUGUACAAUGAGAUCUACACAGAGCACUUCUCCUGGCCUUUUAGAGGCAUGUCCUUCGCUCAAGCCAGCAAGCUCUGCUUCCUGAAGCUGGGCCUGCUGCUCAUCGGCAUAGCAACCUACAGCGAAGACAACGAGAUGAGUGUUCUGGUGAAUCCUCCGAAGUGCAUCAAAAUCAAGCGAGGGACUCUGGGCUUCCUGGUGGCCAGCGAUUCUAGUGAUGCCAGGAGGGCCAGUAUCUACUGUGAGAGGUGUCACAGCCGGGUUAGAGACCCGUGCAGGAUGAGCCCGUGCCAGUGUCCAGAGUUUCAAGAGGGCAGCUCUCUGACCUCGGCCAUGAAUUUACGACGCCCGUCUCUGGGAGUGCUUCCCUCCAUUCCUGAUCUGGAGGAGGAAGGUGAUUGGACCAAGGAGCUGGAGACGGAGGGUCAGGUGACGCUCGACUCCACCGGAUUGUUCCACUGGUGUUCCCCUGUCUCCCUGGAAGAGGUUACCCUGACCAGAGAGAUGGCCAGUGGCCUGGCUCUCCAGAAGCACGUGGUGGCCUGUGUGUUUGGGGACCGUCACUCCAGGUUGUUGGGCCUGCGGGCCUUCAUGAUGCCUCUGAGAGCCAGCAGCCUGACCCUCCCUGAACUGCCCACCGUGAUCUUCCUGGGGGACACAGACUACUUCCUGAGGGAGUGGCCGGACAUCCACUACUUCCCUCACGUCUAUUUCCUGCCUGGCUCUCCCGUGUGUCUGGACGACUUGCUUGCGGCGGGGGUGACCCACUGUGCGCGAACGGUGAUCCUGAACUCGACGGGAUCCACCGAAGACACCCAGACGGUCCUGUCCUGCUACACCCUCAACAGCCUCAGCCUACAGACGGAGGACCUCAGCCCACAGACGGAGGCACUCAGCCCACAGACGGAGGCCCUCAGCCCGCUGACGGAGACCCUCAGCCCGCUGACGGAGGCCCUCAACCCGCAGACGGAGGCCCUCAGCCCGCAGACGGAGGCCCUCAGCCCGCAGACGGAGGCCCUCAACCCGCAGACGGAGGCCCUCAACCCGCAGACGGAGGCCCUCAGCCCGCACACGGAGGCCCUCAACCCGCAGACGGAGGCCGUCAGCCCGCACACGGAGGCCCUGACCACACUCAGCCUCUCCAACAACUACCAGGGACCCCACUCACCAUGCCAGAAGACCACCAGAGAGUCCAUCCCUCUGCUGGUGGAAAUCGAUAACACCUCGAACGUGAAGCUGAUGAAUGAGACUGAGGGUCUGGAGGAGGCCGACAGCCUGCCCCUGACGGAGGUCUUCUCCCAGGGGAAGGUGUUCUCUGUGGACGUGCUGGACUCCCUCAUGGCCGCCACAUACUUCAACUCCAACGUUCCGCUGCUGGUGUCCACGCUGGUGACGGGAGGGGACUCGCCCCUGCUGGAGACCCAGCUAUUGGAGGAUAACCAUCUGACAGAAGGGGCUAUGACCUCUGAGCUGUGGGCGCUGCGCCGGCGCUCCAAACUGGCCCAGCUGGCCCUGCAGGAGCAGCCUCUCUGUCGGCUACAGUGUGUGUUGUUCAGGGAUCUGUUCUGCCAGGCUCUAGACUCUCUGGAGAUCCUGUGUUUCGGCCUGUACCGUCUCAUAGACCCUCCCAACCGCUCCAUGAAGAGGUUUGUGAUCACCAACCCUCAAGGUGACCUCCCUCUGCUGGCCUCAGACCGGGUCUUCUGCUCCGUGCCCUUCCAUCAGUCACACCUGCUGACACAGUCACACCUGCUGACACAGUCACACCUGCUGACACAGUCACACCCUGUCUGAACCCCCUUCACCAGACCCCCCCUUACCCCAACCCCCUUCACCAGACCCCACCUCACCCCUACCCCAUUCACUAGAC